AUGUCAACCCCGCCAGCUGCAGCAGACCCAACAAUCGAGCGCCACCGCCAGCGCCUCGAGGAGUCGCUCGCAAAGCUGCGCAAGGCGCUGCGGCACUGGCAGGUCCUGUCGGCCGAGUACGAGGCCUUCCGCGAGGAGCUGCAGGGCCUGCCGGAUGGCGCGAGCCGCGAGGAGAUGCUGGCGGUGGGGUUGGAUUUCGGGGGCACGCUGGUGGAUGAGAACGAGAUCAAGACCUUCCUCGGCGACAAGGUCGGCAAACGACGCACACUGGGCCAAGUCAUUGCCACAGUCGGCCACCGAAUCGACUAUGUACAAGAAAACGUCACCAAAGUCGAAAAGCAGCUCGAAAAGGGCGAGACCAAGCUCGCCUCACUACUCGUCGUUGCGGGCCCCGACCUGGUCAACGAGGAGGGUCUGCCCAUCAUGGACAUCCGCGAGGAGCUCGACGAGGACGAUAAUGUCAUUACUGCUACAAUAAAUGGCAACGACCCCACGGCGCCCGCGCAGCCCAUCGACAGCGAGGGCCUCUCAAAACUCGUCGACAUCGCCCAAAAAGACGAAAAAAGCACACCCCCGCCACCAACACCCACACCCACACCCGCCAAAGCCCCCCAGCAGCCCGUCCAAGAAAACAAACCCAAGAAGCCCUCGCCCCUGCGCGAAGCCAUCUCCCAAGACACAAUCCCCACUCCCGCUCCCGCCCCGGCGCAAAAAUGCUUAACCAACGCCGCGCUCUACGCCUGCGAGCCGCCCGACGACAUCAAGCUCAUCUCCUCGCGCACCGAGGACGGCGGCGGCCACGUGCGCGUCAUCGACGACGCGCCCGAGGCCGACGCAAAAGACUGGGUGCAGUCCGUCCCCGGCGAGUCCGAGGCCGACGCCGCAAUGCGCCGCGACAUGCUCAAGUACAACAUGCAGGAGAUUGGGGCCGUGGUCGCUGAGAUCAAUCUCGAUGAGGAGGGCGAGUACUAUGGGUAUGAGGACAGCGACUUUGACGAUGAUGACGAUGAGGAGGACGAGGAUGAAGAGGAGGAUGGCUAUGGCAGGGCGACGUAUAAGGUCAUUACCCCCGAGCUGCAGAAGGAGAUGGAGGCGCUGCAGCGGCGGAUUGCAGCGCGGGCAGAGGCGGCGAGGAGUGGGGUGACGAUGCCGGAUGAGGCUGCGGCGCCGGAAGCGGAGGAGGAGGAUGAGGAGGAUGAGCCAAAAUCGGGCAAGAAGGGCGUCCGGUUCGCAAAACAGCUCGACAUCGCACCCAUGCCCCCCCAGCCCCGUUCCGGGCCCUCAGAGCUACCGCCAUUUCCAAUACCGCCGUCAGCAGCCAACACAGAAGACGCCAUCCCGCUGCUGCUGGACCUGCUGGCCAUGGACGAGAUGCGCAAGGAGGAGCUCAAGAAGGAGGAGAUGCGCAAGGCCGGCAUCAAGAUUGCCGGCGAGGCGCCGCCAAAGUCACAGAAGCCGAGCAUCUUCAAGGCCGAGAAGAACGCGCUGCCGGAGAAGGCUGCGCCAACGCUGCAGGAGCGCAUCGUGCCGGAGUCGGUUGUGGCCUCGUCGGUGCUGGAGCGCCCGCCGGGCCUGCCUAUAGCGGGAACGCCCGUGGAGCCACCGAGGGCACGGAAGCCGUCGCGGUUUAUGGCGGCGAAGGCGGGGGCGGCUGGCACUGGUACGGCGGGGUCGAUAUUCAUGAACACAACGCCUACGAUAAACCCACCUGAAGCCGAAGCCGAAGCUGAAGAAGAUGAUGGUGAUGAUGAGAAGCCGGGCAAGGCUACGGUUUCAGACUUCAUCAAGGAGCGGGAACCGGACGCGAGUGCAGCGGUGGAGCCGCCGGAUGAGCUGGACCCCACGAUCCACAGGCAGGAGGUGGCGACAGAGUUCCACCGCAUGCGCACAAGGAUGAUACAGCAGCAGGGCGGCUUCGUCGAGACGGAGGAGGAGGGCGCGCUGGUGCCGCUGAACGAGGAUGGCGAGAAGCGGAAGGUCAGUCGGUUCAAGGCUGCCCGGAUGAAGGCGGUGGGUCAAUGA